GGAGCUCGGGCCUCGGCAAGGGUCUGAGAGAGAGGGGGAGGCCGGCCGAGAGGCCCUUACAGUUUAGAGUCCUGGGCCUUGUAGCGCGAUAACAAUAACGAUAAGGUUUCCUGGAAGCUUAAUUUGUGUUCGACGCUGCUAAGCGCUUUACGUAUUUUGGCUUUCCUCCUCACCACAGUUCUGUGAGCAACAUGCACCUGGGAACUAAAGAACAUACAGACACCCAUGUUAGUAGUACCUACUACCCAGGAUGCUGAGGAUACCAGUUGGGCUCUCUCUAGGACAGGAAGUUGGAGAUGCAGAGGUGGAAGAGACACUGAAGCGACUUCAGAGCCAGAAGGGAGUACAGGGAAUCAUCGUGGUGAACACAGAAGGCAUUCCCAUCAAGAGCACCAUGGACAAUCCCACCACCACACAGUAUGCCAACCUCAUGCACAACUUCAUCUUGAAGGCCCGGAGCACCGUGCGUGAAAUCGACCCCCAGAAUGACCUCACCUUUCUUCGAAUUCGCUCCAAGAAAAAUGAAAUUAUGGUUGCACCAGAUAAAGACUAUUUCCUGAUUGUGAUUCAGAAUCCAACUGAAUAAGCCACUCUCUUGGCUCCGUGCAUCAUUCCUUAAUUUAAUAGCCCCCAAGAAUAAUAAUGUUAAGCAUGUCAACCAACUGGCAGGUGGAAAUCACCUUCGAGCCUACUUAGACCAGUCCAGUGACCAAAGUCAUCAAAGUCGUCCCUCUGCUGGCCAGUCACCCUUGAGUUCUUGGGUGGGCCUUCUUUCCUCAUCUCCAGAUUUUGGAGCAAGAGCUUUGAGUAGUCUACACCCUGCUUCCUUCUGACCUUCAGCUCACUUUGUCACCCUUGGAAAAGGCUGUUUUUCUUUAACUAAAAAUAACUGAAAUGCUUA